AUGACGACCAGACCAAAUGGCGGCGAGAGCCCGACUCGAUUGGACGACAAGAUCGUUGCGGACGACAAUUCGACCGAUCUCAAGCUCGAGAGCGUCAAUUCGGCGAACAAAGUCAGCGAAGUCAAAAGCUCAGAAGGAUACUACAACUUCGAGCCCAUCGCCGCCCUCAAUCUACCAGACUGGAGAGUCACAGAAAGAGCACUUGUACGCAAGCUGGACUUCACUUUGCUGCCGACACUAUGGGUUCUCUACCUGAACAACUACCUGGAUCGGACCAACAUCGCUCAAGCGCGACUCAACACCAUUGAGGAGGAUCUCAACAUGGGACCAGAAGAUUACAAUAUUGCAGUCUCUGUACUGACUGUCGGUUACAUGCUUGCUCAACUCCCAAGCAAUAUGCUAUUGACGCGUGUUCGACCUGGAAUCUACCUUCCUGCUACUGUCAUGAUCUGGUCUGCUGUUUCGGCUUCGACAGCAGCGGCUUCAAGUCCAGAGACAUUGUUCGUCAUUCGAUUCUUCCUCGGAAUUACUGAGGCGCCGCUAUUUCCUGGAGCUGUGUAUUUGAUGACCUGUUGGUACACAAGAAAAGAGCUUGCUCUCAGAACCGCCAUUCUGUACAGCGGCCUGGUCCUCGCUCAGGCCCUGUCCGGAGUGCUCGCAGCCGGGAUCUUCCAAAUGGACGGUGUGAGCGGUCUCGCCGGCUGGCAAUGGCUAUUCAUCCUCGAAGCUCUCAUGUCCGUCGUCUGCGGAGUUGCUGCGUUCUGGACACUGCCAGACUACCCGCACUCAAAAACUGGAAGCCAGACGUGGUCAAUGAACGAAGAUAUGCGUCGCCUUGCCGAAGCUCGCAUGGAGGCCGAUCGUGUCACUGGAGCUUCCGGCACAGCAGGUAUAUGGCAUGGUGUUAAGCUGUGUCUUGUUGAUCCUAAACUAUACCUAUUCACUCUGUUGAACCUCACAAUGACAGCAUCAUAUGGCUUCAACUUCUUUUUCCCAACUCUCCUGCGGGGCUUCAACAUUGGAUCAAACACAGUAUCCCUCCUGCUCACGGCGCCACCUUAUGUCACCGGCGCGAUCGUCUCCUUCGUCCUGGCAUGGAACUCAGACCGCAUCAAAGAACGCGGCUGGCAUAUCAGCGGUGGCCUCCUUGCCGCAGCCAUCGGCUUCAUCAUCACGGUAGCCACGGACGGCUCCGCUACCAUCCCGCGCUACGUGGCAUCUUUCCUGUAUGCUCCCGGAUCUUUCGCCGCAAAUGCGCUCGUCUAUAGCUGGGCCGUCAGUACACUUUCCGCUACACCUGAGAAACGAGCAGCUGGUGGAGCGAUCGUCAAUAUCAUCGGCCAUGUUGGAAAUAUCAUCAGUCCAUACUUUUUCCGAGACGAGGAGAGACCGACUUACAGACUGGCGUUUAUUUUGAUGCUCGUAUUUGGCGGACUGGCUUUUGGUUUUGCCUUCAGCACGAAAAUGUUCUUGAAGCGGACGAAUAAGAAACUGAGAGAGGUUGCGAGUGCGACUGGAACCGUGUAUUCGCCGUAUACCACUUAGGAUCGGGACUUGCAUUUAGAGCAACUCGCUACACCAUCCGGCUUAUACCCACUAGCAACCUAUUUUCGCGGCAAAAGAUGCGCCUCAAAAUACAUUCUCCGAUAUACCCCCUUCAACUUCCUGCUCGUCCAGGUAAACGUCCAAAGAGUGCACCUUUCGAUGCAUUGUACCGACGUUUUUCUGCGGCAAAAUCUAGAGACUUCGUCCCCAGGUAUCGUUCUAGGUCGGUGCGAAAAGCCAUUGCUGCCUUAAUUUCCAUG